GCCCGAGAGCGGGGCGCGGCCUCGCCGCGAGACCCCGGGCCAUGGCGCGGGUGCUCAUCGUGGGCGCCGGGCUGACGGGAAGCCUGUGCGCAGCGCUCAUCAGGAAGGAGUUGCCCCGUCCUGUGCACCUCGCGGUGUGGGACGAGGCUGGGGACUCAGGGGGAAGAAUGACUACGGCCAGGAGUCCCUGCAAUCCACAGAGCACAGUUGACUUGGGUGCCCAGUACAUCACCUGCACACCUCAUUACGCCAAGCAACACCAAAGUUUUUAUGUUGACCUGUUAGCUCUUGGCAUUUUGAAGCCUCUGACCUCUCCUAUUGAAGGGAUGAUGAUGAAAGAGGGAGACUGUAACUUUGUGGCACCUCAAGGAGUUUCUUCAAUUAUUAAGCAUUACUUGGACGAAUCAGGUGCUGAUGUCUACUUCAGACACUGUGUGACCCAGAUCAACCUGCGAAAUGACAAGUGGGAAGUCUCCAAGGACAAAGGUCCCCCCGAGCUGUUUGACAUUGUUGUCCUCACGAUGCCAGUUCCUCAGAUUCUGCAGCUUCAAGGUGACGUCGCAAACUUAAUUAGCAAAUGCCAAAGGCAGCAACUGGAGUCUGUGAGCUACUCCUCUCGCUACGCUCUGGGCCUCUUUUAUGAAGCUGGCACGAAGAUUGAUGUCCCUUGGGCUGGGCAGUACAUCACCAGUAAUCCCUGCAUACGCUUCAUCUCCAUUGAUAAUAAGAAACGCAAUAUAGAGUCGUCCGAAAUCGGGCCUUCCCUUGUGGUUCACACCACUGUCCCGUUUGGAGUCAGCCACUUGGAGCACAGCACCGAGGCUGUGCAGGAGCUAAUCUUCCAGCAUCUGGAAGGCAUCUUGCCAGGCCUGCCGCGACCAGUUGCGACCAUAUGCCAGAAAUGGAGACAUUCUCAGGUUACAAAUGCUGCCGUCAACUCCCAUGGCCAGUUGACUCUUCACCUCAAACCUUUCCUUGUGUGUGGAGGGGAUGCGUUCACCCAGUCCAACUUCGAUGGCUGCAUCACUUCUGCCCGGUGUGUUCUAGAAGCUUUAAAGAACCAUGUUUAGCACCUGUAUCUUUGUCCUCUGCAUGAGCUUUGGGUUUUUGUUUUCACAAGUUUCUGUUAUUGAUUAUUUUGUUUUCUAUUUUGUUGAGAGAAAUUACUGGAAAAUUUUUCAUACAGAGUAUAAAAUUGAUUUUAUGAUUUUGACAGUUACAACCCAUGCUAGAAUGAAAAUGCCUUGUACCAUGCACCUUUCAUGGUGUUUCUGAAUUGUCAUGACUACGCCUUGUUAGAGGAAAACAGUGCUUAAGAAUAACAAAUGGAUGGCCUCCCAAAAAAGCCUGUCCAGUCAGAGUAAUGGUUCAUGUUCCAAAAUCCUUAUUCUUUUGAAAAUUUCCAUUCCAAAUAAAGAAUAAUUAUCCAAUCCUCAUUUUUGAUCUUCAAGUAUGUCCUUGAUUCAGUGUUUUUGCCAAUUGCUGAACUACAGGAUUCCCCCAAACUGUGGCUAACAGAGUGUAAUUUCUGUCUCUCUCUAGUUACUGAAUGAUCCUGAAUCGUUGGUCAUAGAAUGUCAUUGUUUCUAGGACAGUAUUGUUUGGAGGGCAAUUGACUGACAAAGAAACCCCUCUUCAAAUUUUCACAUAAUAACCAGAUGCAACUUGACUCUCCAAGUCCUAUCAUAGUUUUUAACCUUAAAAAAGAAUUCAGUCCUAACAUGAAAGGUAAAAAUUAAAUAGAAGCUGAGAGGCAAUAUAUUGAUCUUUACCUCUUGCUCUACCGGAUGGCUGGUGCCGUUAACUUCAGGUGGUCCCUGGGAUGUCCCGUGGCAUUUAGAGUGUGUCGAGUUUAAUGAAUUUAAUACAACAAGAAAAUUUACUGAACUGGAAAAUAGAUGCACUUAAAAUAGUUCAAUAUUUGCCAACUUAGAGGUUCAGCAUAUCACCCACAUGCUUCAG